GCUAUAUAAGCUGGGAGCCCGGCCGUCCGGAGCAUACGGCAACCAACCACCCACUGACGACAUGGCUUCAAAGGUUAUCAUUUUCGUGGCGACACUGUCGCUGGCCAACGCUGGAUACCUGGGCGCUCCGGCAGUACUCGCUCCAGCAGCCCCCAUCGCCAGGGCGUACGCCCCCGCCAUAGCUGCCGCCCCCAUUGCUGCUGCUCCCAUCGCCAGGGCCUAUGCGCCAGCUAUUGCCGCCGCUCCAGCCGCGGUCGCCGCAGAGUACGACCCACACCCCGAGUACAGCUUCAGCUACAGCGUGAACGACGCCAUCACUGGAGACUCCAAGGCCCAGCAAGAGACCCGCAGCGGAGACGUCGUCCAGGGCAGCUACAGCCUGGCCGAGCCCGACGGUUCCAUCCGCACCGUCGACUACACGGCUGACCCCGUCAACGGUUUCAACGCCGUCGUGCACAAGGAAGCCGGCGCCCACCCUGCCGUGGCCGCCGCUCCCGCCCCCGUGGCGCUCGCCGCCCCCGCCAUCGCCGCUGCUCCGGUAAUCGCCGCCGCCCCCGCCAUCACCGCCGCCCCCGCUCUGGCCUACGGCGCCGGACUUGGCUACGGCUACGCCGCGGCCGCUCCCAUCGCUGCGGCGGCCAUUGCUGCACCCGCCAUUGCUGCAGCCCCCAUAGCCAGGGCAGCUAUUGCUACGCCAGCUCUCGCCUACGGUGGACACGGCUAUGGCAGUCUGGGAUACACUAAAGCCAUAUUUGGCUAAACUGCACCCCACCAAAUUUGCGUCGAAUAAUUCAUGAAAGUUUCCAUUGAUCGUAUGCCCAUUCUUACAUGUAAAUAAACCAUUACCUAUUCAUCUA